CGCCGGGCCGGGCGGGCGCUGCUGCUGCCCUCCCUCGGCACGGGGCCGAGCCGGGCCGAGCCGAGCCCAGCCGGGCCGGACUGCGCCCAGCCGAGCCGAGGAGCACAACCGAACCGAGCCGAGCGCGGCCGAACCCGGCCGAACCCAGCCGAACCGAGCCGAGGAGCCGAGCUCAGGCGGGACGAGCAGAGCCGAGUGGAGCCGAACUGAGCCGAGGAGUCGAAUCGUGCGCAGCCGAACCGACCCGAGCGGGGCCGAACUGAGCUGAAGGGAGCCGAGGAGCCGGAGUGAGGCCGAACAGAGCCGAACCGACCCGAGCGGAACCGAACGAGGCUGAACCGAGCCGAGGAGCGGAACCGAGGCGGGCCGAGAGCAGCCGAGUGAGGCCGAACAGACCGGAACCGAGCCGAGGAGCCGAACCGAGAGCAGCCGAGCGAGGCCGGGCAGACCCGAGCGCAGCCGAGCGCGGCCGAACCACUUCGUUUCCUCGCCGCUCCCCACGGGGUGACCUCUGUGCCGGGCCGGUGGCCGCCAGCGCCGCGCCGUCGCCAUGGCGUCCCGCAUCGGGCUGCGCAUGGAGCUGAUGAAGCAGCAGGCGCAGCAGGAAGCGGAGCGGGAGCGGGUGCAGCAGCAGAUGAUGAUGAGCUACAUGCAGCAGCAGCGCAUGCCCGUGGCCUCCAGCCCCGCCAUCAACACCCCCGUCCACUUCCAGUCCCCGCCGCCCGUGCCCGGAGAGGUGCUCAAGGUCCAGUCCUACCUGGAGAACCCCACCAGUUACCACCUGCAGAAGUCUCGGGAUAAGAAGGUCCAGGCUUACCUGUCCGAGACCUACGGGAACAAGUUCGCCGCCCACGUCAGCCCCGCCAGCCACUCUCCCAAGCCGCCGCCGGCCGCGUCCCCCGGCGUGCGGCCCGGCCACGUGCUGUCCUCCUCGGCGGGCAACAGCGCGCCCAACAGCCCCAUGGCCAUGCUCAACAUCGGCUCCAACCCCGAGCGGGAGUUCGAUGAGGUCAUCGAUGACAUCAUGCGCCUGGAUGACGUUUUGGGCUACAUGAACCCCGAGGUGCACAUGCCCAACACGCUGCCCAUGUCCAGCAGUCACAUGAACGUCUACAGCGGGGACCCGCAGGUGACAGCGUCACUCGUCGGUGUCACCAGCAGCUCCUGCCCCGCCGACCUCACCCAGAAGAGAGAACUCACGGAUGCCGAGAGCCGAGCCCUGGCCAAGGAGCGCCAGAAGAAAGACAAUCACAACCUGAUCGAGCGGCGCCGCAGGUUCAACAUCAACGACCGCAUCAAGGAGCUGGGAAUGCUGAUCCCCAAAGCCAACGACCUGGACGUGCGCUGGAACAAAGGGACAAUCCUGAAGGCGUCCGUGGAUUACAUCAAGAGGAUGCAGAAGGACCUGCAGAGGUCCCGGGACCUGGAGAAUCACUCGCGGCGCCUGGAGAUGACCAACAAGCAGCUGCUGCUGCGCAUCCAGGAGCUGGAGAUGCAGGCACGCGUCCACGGGCUGCCCACCUCCUCUCCCUCGGGCGUCAACGUGGCCGAGCUGGCUCAGCAGGCGGUCAAGCAAGAGGCCGGAGGGGACGAGGGGGGCCUGGAGCCGCUGCUGCCGUCCCUGGACCCCGAAUCGCAGCCGCCGCCCGCGCCGCCCGCGCCGCCGCAGUCCCCCUACCACCAGCUGGACUUCAGCCACAGCCUGAGCUUCGACGACGGCUCCCAGGGCUUCCCGGACAGCCUGGAGCCCGGCCACGGCUCCUCCUUCCCGGCGCUGUCCAAGAAGGAGCUGGACUUGAUGUUGAUGCAGGACACGAUGCUGCCGCUGGCCGCUGACCCCUUGUUCUCGGCCGUGUCCCCCGAGGCCUCCAAGGCCAGCAGUCGCCGCAGCAGCUUCAGCAUGGAGGACGCGGACAUGCUGUGACAGGGACCCCGGGGCAGGGGCUGGGCGAGCCCCAGGACGCUCCUGGCAGCAGGAGGAGCCCGUCCUGCCACGCACUUGAAUCUUCCCAGGAGUUCCUUUCUCUAUGCAACGGGGGCUCGGGGUGGGUUCUUCCAGGGAUGGACCUUCCCGGCUUUGCCGUGCCGCCGGUCUGACUGCAGGUUCCACAGCCUGGGAGCGAGGUCUGGGCUGAUUUUUGCCUUUCAGCAGAACCCCCCUGGCCCCGGGGCUUUCCCCGGGGUGGUGCCUCGGAGCCUCGAGCCGCCGGGAGCUUCGUGUCCGCUUUGGUGUCUCCUCGCCUUGCUCUGGGAUCCUUUGUCCCCAGCCCCUGGAGCCUGCCCCAGCCCCUGGAUGCUUCCCAGUCCAUCCAGUUCCUCCUUUCCGGGAGCAGCCGCUGCCUCUGGGGUCACAGGAGGGUGACGAGGUGUUAAUUAGUGCGUGUUCGUUAAUAGGGCGUCACUGGGGGUGUUGUCUGCAGGUGGGUGCCGAUGGAAUCUGGAAUGGGGGGGGUUCGAUGCUCCACCAACCCCCUGCUGUCCCCCCCAGCCUUGUGGGGCAGCAGCCGCCACCCCAAAACCUCUGGGCAAGGCUGCCAGGUGACCCUGAGCAUCCUCGAGGUGGCCCUGAGCUCCUCGAGGUGGCCCUGACCUCCUCGAGGUGGCCCUGACCUCCUCAAGGUGUCCCUGACCUCCUCGAGGUGGCCCUGACCUCCUCGAGGUGGCCCUGACCUCCUUGAGAUGGCCCUGAGCCUCCUCGAGGUGACUCUGAGCCUUCUCAAGGUGUCCCUGACCUCCUCGAGGUGGCCCUGAACAUCCUUGAGAUGGCCCUGAGCCUCCUCGAGGUGGCCCUGAGCCUCCUUGAGGUGUCCCUGAGCCUCCUCGAGGUGACCCUGAGCCUCCUCGAGGUGUCCCCAGUGUCCCUGCCCCGUGCCCCGAGCCCCGGCUCUUUCCUGGGAGGAUAAAAGGCUUUCACACUCCUUUUUUGGGGGAUACUUGCUGAAAGUCCUGCCCCACGUGAGGGUUUGUGCUGUGAGCAGGGAAUGGUCUGUGCCAGCUUGGAAUCUGGGGGUGGCUUCUCUUCCCAGUGCCACCAGUUUGGUGCCCAGCUCUGCACUGGGGAGCUGCUUUGGGUUCUGCCUCAGGUCCUGAAUCCCCAAGGGGCUGGGAGGGGCAGGGGGACGCUGAUCACAGGGAAAAUCCUGGGAUCAAUCCAGGGAUUGAUGAAGGGAGAGGAGAGGAGAGGGGAGCCCCCGGUGAUUGUCCCCCCCGGGCCGGGGGUGGGGGUCACUCUGUGUCCCCCAUCCCUGACCUGGGUGUCCUGGGGGGGACACAGGGGCUGGAUUUGGGAUUGAGGUGAUGGAGA